AUGCAGAUCCAACUCGAAAUUAAUGAUCUUCCCAAGGAUUCCUUGGGGGACCCGCUCGAGGAUUUACGACGAGAAGUGACAAAGGCGUCCACACUCAUCCAAGAAAUCAAAACGCAUCCUAAUAGUCUUGUCGACGUCCAUAGAGGCAAAGACUUUGAUUCGCUUGAGACGCUCGUGUUAGACCUCGAAGAGAGUUUCUUCAACGACGGAGCCGCCCUGUUUCUACAAGGAGUCGUGAAGAGCUUCAUAACCAGGCCGAAUGACCGUGGCAUAAGAAUACCGACACAACUGGAUCCGCUUUGUCCAGGCAACCCCUUCGUCAAGGAAAAGGACCUUUUCCUGCGCAGCCACCGCCUGAGAUGUGGCGUUUACACAUAUGUUAUAAGAUCCUUGGUGCGCAAAUUCCCAAUUUCACACGACGCCAAUCAUAGUCAUGUACUGAGCGUCGCUCACCUGUACAACAUAUGCUGCAAGCUGUUCCCUGAUGCUCCGCACUUCCCCGAUCUGGAAUUUUUCCUGCAACGCCAGGAUCUUGAACGACUCUUCUAUGGGAAGAUACCGCAGGACAUUAUGGAGGCUCAAAAACGGCCUGAACUUCUCCAGUACGGUGUGACUGAUGCGAUCAAUGGCCACUCAUACCGUACGAUCAGCACGAUCGGAAAACGUCUCCUGCGAAGCAGAGUUCUCCAGAGUCCUUCCCACUUAGAUUCUGUGUUAGAAGACCAGUUUGAUAUGCGCGAGGUUCCGUUAACGCUACAGAAAGUCGAUGAGUCGACCCCUGACGCACUCUCGCCCGAAGGAUGGACGUACCAUAGGCUCUUUUUCCACAAAUUCGACAAAACAUGGGACCCUGUCCCAACCUUGCGGUCCGUUGUGCUAUGGCUCGAGGCGGACGCCGUUAAUCUCAACUUCUGCACACCAAAGCUCGUCCUCUUCUGCAGCGACAUCCUCCGGGACAUCCUGGACAUGUUUCGUAGCGACCCUGUUUUCGAGAACGACUUCCUGAAAGAACAGAAUAAGCCCACUCUCUCUCCGACUAUCGUUCUCCGAAUCCUGACCCUUGCCGCCAACGAAAUUAAACUACGCAAGCGCCAGCCAAGUCUCCCAGCGAAGAGAAUGGACCAGCUACGUGAGGUCUUCAACAUCAUGCAAAAGCACUACAUGCAUCCCAUGGAAACUACGCCAGGCGAAAAGACAUGGGCGGGCGACGUUUGCAUUGCGGAUCUAGUGAACACGGAGAAGGAACCCCAGAUCGGCGAAUACUGGAGUGCAGCGAAUUUCUUCAGUGGUCGCGACAUAUUCGCACACGGUGGGCGUCGCAUUGACCCAAAUAAUCUGGGACCUGCUGCUGCUGAGAACUUGUACAAGAAUUGGGACUUUGGCGGCAGUAAAGAGGAGAGUAGGAUGUUCAACGCCCUUUCUAGGUUUCAUGCUCGGCGGGGUUCGAAAGCGAUCGUGAGUAGAGCUCUGGAGGGGCGCUACGGAUAG